ACUGAGAAGACUGUUCUUGAUAAAACAGGCGCGAUGCUGCGCUUGCUGCCGUUGUUCUACUAUAUUUUUAUCGUCAGGGGAAACUCAAGUCCAGAUGCUACCCUAUGCACAGCUAAUGUGUGUUUCACCUUACAUUUGGUAAAAGUAUCGUUCCAUGUCGCGAAUCAACAGUGUCUCGGAAAUGGUGGUAAACUGGUUACAGUGAGGGAUAUCGGUGAAUUAGGAGAUCUGAAGUCUGUUCUUCUGCUGAACAAGGAAACUUACACAGGUAGCGGCAACAAAUUUUGGAUUGGACUGCGGUUGCACAAAGGAAACUGUACCAUUUCCGGCGCAAGUCUACAUGGUUUCAAAUGGGUAUCGGGCGUAGAGGAAUCUUCAUAUUCCAACUGGAAAAAGCCACCCAGAAGCACGUGCAUAGGGGACAGGUGCGUUGCUGUGGAAAAUCCGGACCUCAAAUGGACGGACAUCUCAUGCAAUAAUAAAGCAUUCUAUGUGUGUAAAUUUCUUUUCAAAGGCAUGUGCAGUCCUCUGUUGCUGGAUGGACCUGGAGAAAUUAGUUACAACCCCCCCUUUUCAUCACGUCCACUCGCACAAGAUCUCAAUUUAACCAUGUUGCCAUAUGGGACAAUUGCUGACAUACACUGCUCUGAUCAAACUAUUUACUCCGUGUGUAAAGACUUGAAUGGAGUUUUACUUUGGACAAAUUCGGGACCUUUUUGCGCCUCUGGAAAACAAAGCUGUCGGUUCAAUAACGGAGGAUGUCACCAUCUUUGUGAAGAGAAUGAAGCAACAGGUGUGAUUUGUAAGUGUCGUGAUGGUUACGCCCUUGGGGAUGAUAAAAUGGUCUGUUCUCUGAGGGACUAUUGCCUCAAUUCGCCCUGUAAGCAUAAAUGCGAAUCCACAUCGACUGGAUUUUACUGUGCGUGUCCAGAAGGACUCGAGUUAGACAGUGAUAAAAUCAGUUGCACAGACGUAGACGAGUGCUUAGAAAAUGCAUGUGGUGAUCAUGACUGCCUCAACACACUAGGAAGCUAUAAGUGUCAUUGUAGGGAGGGCUACCAAAUGAUUAAUGGAAAAUGUGAGGACAUCGAUGAAUGCACAGAAUCAAGAUGUCAGCAAGGAUGUCUUAAUUCAGAGGGGUCAUUCUCCUGUUACUGCCUCGCUGGAUUCGGUAUAUCACCAAGCGGACAGCUGUGUGAAGAUAUUGAUGAAUGCCUGGACAGAAAUGUUCACCAGUGCGAAGACAUGUGUGUUAACACGCUGGGUAGUUAUAUAUGUUCUUGCAAACAAAACUUCAGACUAGCUGAGAACGGAAUCACUUGCGUCCCAGACCCUACAGCAGAAUCCUCAGUAAACUGUGAACAAAAUAAGAACGCUGACGGAUGCGAUGAGGUACAAAACGUCCCACAUGUAACCAGUUUAUAUCCUCAAAGUCCAAACAGCACAGAGUUGGAUUAUUCGUCUCUCAACACAGCAAAAGAAAAUAUACCAUACAAGACCAGUAACAACACAGGCGCUAGCGUGCCUAGAGAAAACUAUUUAAAUAACAAUUUGUUUUUGAUUUGUGUUUUAGGAUCCGCAAUUCCUCUUUUUAUUUUAGUUGGGCUUACAUUAGUUAUCGUCAUGUGUAGAUGGAAUCGUUCGCGUAAAAAUUCAAAGAAGAAGAUCGCUACAGCUGAUGGCUAUUGCUGGGUGUCGUCCGGCCUUGAAGCUCAUAUGAACAAAGAUUAGAUAUGAACCAGCUUUUUCAGGUAUCUGCUCAAAAUACACCUGUCGAAUAAAACUUUUUAAACGUUAUUUUUAGUCAACGUGGAGCGAACACACAGGAGCCUCGCCAUGCGGAAACAGAGCCCUGCUGAAGAUUUUGUUGUCCGAGACUAUGCUUAUUACUUCCUAAUUCUUUGUGAUACAUUACACAUGCUUGCUUCAAAACUGACUGAAAAAACCCUUGAUACUAGCUGUGGCACGAUCCUGUGAUUGUUAUCGUUGUUAACCUGUCCUUUUGUGGAACCUGAAGUCCAGCUGCUACCCUGUGCAAAGCCAGUAUUUGCAUUGAGUUAAGAAACAGUGUCUCGGAAAUGGUGGUAACGUGGUUACAGUGCCGCUUCAAGUAGACAUGGUUUGAAAUGGGUUUGGGCACUCACAUAAAUAAGGAUCAGGUAUGACCCAGUUGUGUAACAUAUGUGUUAAAUAACAUUGUCAGUAUUAAAGUUUUUUAAUGUUAUUGCUAAGGUCAGUUAAAAGGGUCGAAUGCACAGGACAGUCAACAGAUGCAAAUAGCUCACCUGUAGUAGGCCCAGCUAUUGCUGUCUGGGUUUUAAUUCGACAGACUAUGUUUUAUCCCGAGACUGUACAUUCAUUAACAAGAGGCCUGUCCUAAAUGUGAUUAGCGUUUCCUUUUGUAAGAAUGGUGGCAACUUUUCUUGCAGCACAAGGCAUGGAAGGUUUCAUGAUAUUUUGGACAUUCUAUUGGCAUGUCUGGAUGUGUUAUUCAAGAGCGAAAACAAGCUGUAUUGGCCGAUUUGUUUUAUUUGUUUUUUUAUAUAGUCAGCUUCAAAUACAUAUUAAUAAAUGUUUUUAAACAUUGACCGACGAUGCUCUUAAAACUGGUAGGCUGCACUAAGUCAUCAGUGGUACAUUAAUAAAACUCAUGUCAGAAGAAUAUGAUUUUAAACUGGAAAACUCCUGGCACCCCACUGACAAAUUAAGCAUUUACUGAAAUAAACUUUCUGGACAGUUCCGGUGUUUCACUGUAUAAAUAAUUAAACUAAUGUAUUUCCAAGAAAAUUACCCGGCAGUAAUUACCCGGCAAAUUUGCACUACCGAUUUCUUUAUAAUUGUAGGCAUGGUUAGUCAUACAAUUUGCAUCUUGUGUAGAUUAAAAAGUCACAUUUUU